AUUGUUCCUCACUUCUUUAGCAAUCCGUGACUUUUCAAGUUGUGUGGCAAACGGUGCAUACCUUUCUGUGAGUGAAAAAUUCUGUUAAAUUGUCUCAAAAAAUCAUCACCGUGCAUAAAAAACCUUCAUCCAUACGGAUUCAGCGCCCAUAUUUCGUUUCGCUACGGUGUUGACGUCUUAUUUGGACGUACGUAGAGUGAAGAUUUCUAGUGCUUUUGGAAGAAAAUAAGUCAGCAGCUGGCAGAUUCACCGUAGCAGGCCAUAUCCUUCUCGUACCAUUUCAUCGGCCUCUCUCAUCCUCAUUGCGGUUUUUGGAAGUGUGACGAAGCUUUAGUUUCUGCAUUUUCUACUCCCCUCAACCCCAUACUUCGAGAGUAUAGUUGUUUCUAUUGAUUAACACCAGCAAGGAUCGCCUGGAGCGGCGGCUAUCGUUUUAUAUGACUUUAGAAAGCGUACAAGAAACACCAGCACUCAAAGAGGCACCGCUUUCUCCCAUAUUAAGGAGUUUCAGUGGUACGACGUGCAUGAUUUCGCAUAGAAGCAGUAAAAGUCAUAGGACUUCAAAAUAUUCUAGCAAUAGACAUCGGAAAUUACAACCGUUCAGAGAAACGUGAAAAUUCCCAAGCAAACACUAGGCAUCUCUGUAAAUUUUUAAUUUAAAAUCGUGUUAUAAGCAUCCCAAAUUUUUUUCAAAACUACUCGCGCCAAAACUGAGCAUCACUGAAUACCGCUUUUGAAUAUCGUGUAUGCUAAAAGCAGCGUUUUGCGGAUCUGGGAAGACAGUGAUAGAAAAGGAGUUUUGGUGUACGUGAGAGAAGGAGAGUGUGUGCAGGAGAAAAGGUGAUUAUUGAGGUCAUAUUUAUCCAAAUAUCUGUACGUGAAAAGCUACAAACGUUCAUGCUACAGAUUUGAAACCCGGAGACUAUCAAAUGAGCUAAAUUGAAACGUACGCAGCAAAGUUGAAUGCUCGUGCAAGAUUACGACAAAGUUGCAAAUCUCGCUUAGAAAUCGUUCUUAAAUUCUAACCCGAAAAGAAACAGUAUACAAAUAGUACCAUUUUCACAAACCGCGACCAACAAGUUCUGUUUCUAUCGAAGCUGUGUCAUCUAUAUAGCUAACCGCGUGUUUAUAAUUAAAGCUCCACCUGGAAAGUAAUAUUAGGCUCACCAAUAGUACGAGUCAAACCAGGAGGAAGAGAAAGGAUUAUAUACGGUUUAACGCAUAUUUCACCCUCGUGUUAAAAAAAAGGCUGUAAAGGUUCCCUAUACGGCCAAAAAAAAUCCACAUCCGGUAGUUGGUACGGAAAGAGAAAAUUUCAAACACCCGACACCGCCUAAACAUCAUCAUCCUACAAAUGCUUUUGCUAGCAACAUCCUCCAGCAUACGAUUGGAAAACGCCGCAUUUGACGCCACAACCGAUCUGCAGACCCGAACCGGUCCGAUCAGCAACGAUCGUCGCGAAGGAGAACAGAUGAAUUUGGUCAGCUUGAAGGAACAGGGCCGUUGGUUUCGUUAAAACAAAUCAUCAUUUUUUUCCAACGCGCACCAGCAAGCUUAAAAGAAGACUACGCAUGUCUCGUUUGCCAUCAAGGAAGAAAUUUCUUGCAUGAAGUAAAAGGUUGCACACUGCGAAGCUCUGUAGCCGGAAGCUGCAAGCUGACACUGAUACGUGCCAGGGCAACGGUCCAAGAUAAUCCAUCACGGGAAAAUCUUUUCCUUGUUGUGCUUCUUGUAUGCCGCAGUGAAUCGUCACGUUGUGGUGAAGUUGCGUCCAAUCGUGUCGUAAAACCGCGUGCCGUAUUUCAUCGAACUCAGAUUUCGUCAAUCGUUGUUGUUCCAUUCGGUAAAAAUGGCUACCGUAAACGUGAAUCGUAAUGUGACCGAUAUCUUCUACCGUUACAAGAUGCCUCGCAUCAAUGCAAAGGUAGAGGGUAAAGGAAACGGCAUUAAAACGGUGAUCGUGAACAUGGCCGAGGUGGCCAGAGCGAUCGGUCGUCCUGCAACCUACCCGACGAAGUACUUUGGUUGUGAACUGGGAGCGCAAACACAAUUCGACCAUAAGAAUGAACGCUUCAUUGUGAAUGGAUCGCAUGAUGCUGCGAAGCUGCAGGAUCUGCUCGAUGGGUUUAUCCGCAAGUUCGUCCUCUGUCCGGAGUGUGACAACCCGGAGACCGAUCUGCUGGUGUCGUCCAAGAAGGGUACCAUCUCGCAGGGUUGCAAGGCUUGCGGCUUUCACGGUCCGCUCGAGGUGAACCACAAGGUGAACACGUUCAUCAUCAAGAACCCGCCGAACGUGAACCCGGCAAGCCAGGGAGCUUCGCUGACCGAGGGUAAGCGUAGCAAGCGCACCAAGAAGGGCGAAAACGGCGACGACUCAACGGUUGGGCUAAACACUACCGCCAACGGUGGCGGCGCUGCCGAGAACGGUAGUGCUGAAACCAAUGGCGACGAGUCGCCGAACGGUUCGAUUGCGGGUGGUGCGGUUGGGGAGAACGGUGAGGACGAUGUAAACUGGACGGUGGACACGUCGGAGGAAGCGGUGCGCGCACGCAUGCAGGAUCUUACCGACGGUGCGAAGAAUAUGACCGUGUCGGACGAUUUCGAUAAAACGGAAAAGGAACGUAUCAACAUAUUCUACGAGUUGGUAAAGAAGAAGCGCGACGCGAACGAGCUGGACAACGUGCAGGUACACAAGGAGCUGGUAACCGAAGCGAGCCGGCUCGAUAUCCAGUCGAAGGCAACGCUCGUGCUGGUGGAGCUACUGUUCACGGCUAACAUUACGCAGGAGGCCCGCAAAUACCGUAACCUGCUGCUGCGCUUUACCCAUGAAGACAAGAAGGCGCAAAAGUACUUUAUGGGCGGGUUGGAGCAAAUGAUUUCGCUCCACGCGGAUAAGCUGAUGGACAAGGUGCCCGGCAUACUGAAGCUCUUCUACGAUAGCGAUGUGCUGGAUGAGAAGGUCAUACUGGAUUGGUCGCAGAAGGUUAGCAAGAAGUACGUCUCAAAGGAAAUCGCUGCCCAGAUACACGAGCGUGCCAAACCGUUCGUCCAGUGGCUGCAGGAAGCGGAGGAGGAGGAGUCGUCCGAGGAGGAUGAUGAUUCGGAGGUCGAAAUCGAGUACGAUGACCGCGCGAAGGUGGAUUCGCUGCGCAAGGAACCGGCCAAACCGGACCCGAAGAAGCAGGCCAAGGCAUCGCUCGAAGAGGACGAGGAUGGGGACGAUUUGAACAUCGACGAUAUCUAAAGCGGUCUCCCGAUUCGUAUGCUAAGACACUCUCAUCUCCUCCGUGUGAUAACACUGGCGUGAAUAUGUCAUUUGCAGCGCUGGACACGCUUUCCUCUCCUGGUUACACAUUAUCGCACGAUUCGCAUUAAGUUUUCCGCUUUAGUCGAUAUGAAUGACAUUGCUACUAAUUAUGGUUUAGUAUGCCUUUGCUUUCUAAUAAUUUUUGAAUUAUAAUGGUUUAGGCGUUUUGCAGAUUUAAUUCGUUUUCAUCUUUCUUGGUUUUAUUUGCUUAGUCCCUACAACCUUGGGGGUUUCCCCCUAUUUACGUAUCGAUGUGAAAGCAAAAGUUUUAUGUCGUUUGAACAAGCAAAACUCUACUAAGUGUCAUGCAACUCUCCUAUAUCUCAUCAUCUUUCCUAUGUUAGAGCGCAAUAAAAGCAUAUGA